GAGAGGAGAGAGGCGGCGGAGGAAAGUGGACGAACCGGCUGGCUGCAGCUGUUGGAUAUUUUUCCCACCGUGUUUUUAGAGCGAAAAAAAGGACGGAGACAGCUUUAAAGCGUAUUCCUAGAUGGCUGCUGUCGACAAGUUAGCAGUCAGAAUUGGUCCAGGGUCGCUGCACGAGAGACCGUAGGGAUGCUUGCACCUCUGCAUGCGUAGUUUCCAGAUUCCUCUAUCGCUGUGGACUUGCCAGUUUGGUUGAGUUUUCCUGAGGAAGGAAGAUUUUUUUAAACAGAAAAUGACAGAAAUAAGCGAAAAGGAGAACGAACCUCAAAACCGGGACCUUCACCGACCACAGGCUACUGUGCCUAGUCAACAAGAAUCAAAGCUGCAGCGGCUGAAACGCUCCCUCUCCUUCAAAUCGGUCAUACGCAGCAAGAGUGUGGACAACUUUUUCCAGCGCAGCAACGGUGAAUCACAGCCACCUUUAUGCCUAACUGCCACAUCGGCACCACCGGCAUCUCCUCCCCCCAUGUCUGAGUCCCCCCUGGCCUAUGAACACUCUCCCUCUCUCUCUCCAUCUAUCAGUCCUAACCCUUCGUUGUCAUCACACUCUCCGUCUGUCAGUCCUUCAAUAUAUGGGACUUCCAACAUCCAGCCAAAGUGUCAGGCCCAGCCAGUGCAGCCAGUCAAGACCCACUGUUUCCAGGAGCAUGUCUUCCGUAGGCCUACCAGCUGCCAGCGAUGCAAACAUACAAUCCAAGGAAACUCCAAGCAGGGCCUACGUUGUAAAUCUUGCAAGAUGGCCACCCACCUCUGGUGCUCCUCCGAGCUCUCCCAGCAGCCCUGUAAUGGCAAGACAGGAGCUUUUAAAAGAAACUUCAGCUCUCCUCUUCUUACCACUGAUCCACUGGGUGUGGUUAGAGAGGCUCCUGCUGCGCAGGAAGCAGAUAAUAGCACUGUUGAUCCUGUGUAUGAGGCCUUGCGCUACGGCAUGACACUGGCUCAGUUGAGUCAAUCCAGCUUCAGCAGUAUCUCAGAAUCACCCUGUCAUGAGGAAGAAAAACUGCAAGACAAACUAGAAAACCAGCCUAUAGCUGAAGAGGAUCACAUCCCAGGAAUGCUCACCCCUCCUGAAAGCGAGAAGGCUGAUUCAGAAGAACGGGUCAGUCUAAAGACUCCAAAACGAAUGGAGGUUCGCUCUAUUCACACGUAUGUGGCGCUCUACAAGUUUCUGCCUCAGGAGAAGAACGAUUUGGAGCUGCAGCCUGGUGACAGAAUUCAAGUGACAGAUGAUUCCAAUGAAGACUGGUGGAAGGGGAAAAGCAGAAACAAGGUGGGAUUUUUUCCAGCCAACUUUGUGCAGCGUAUCCGCCCUGGUGAGAGGGUGUGGAAGGUCACUACUGGUUUCCACGGCAACCGAGACAAAGGCCAGAUGACUGUGAAAGAGUCCCAGAUCUGUAUCGGGAAGAACGAGGAGAUUGACGGCUUCCUCCGGCUGAGCAGCGGGAAGAAGAGGGGCCUGGUUCCUGUGAAGUGUCUGCUAGAAAUAUGACGGUGCUGCUUUCGCCUUGACCCUCAUUUUGUUACAGUGAUGGAGGAAUACUCAGGAGUGUUUAGCCAACACCUCACUGACCACCAACCACCCACCUCCAUCUCAAAAAUGUGGCAGUGAAAGCAGUGUGAGUGGAAGAUAACUCACAACUUUGCUUUUUACCGCAGUUUAAGACCUAAAGGAUGCAGGGGCUUCCUUGCAAUUAUUUAGAGCUACUUUUCUUGUAGCACAGCUUUCCUUUUUUAUACCCUCACAAAUGAAAUGUAGCAUUAUGUGGAAGAGGAUAAGUGUGCAGGAAGUCUGGCUACCUCAAUAGCCAUCUCCAUUGGCCAUCUGUUUGUGAGAAAGAAGAGAGGACUUUUUAAUUAUGAUGUCGAGGCUUGUCCAAGCCUAAAGAGACAUUGUAAGCAAACUGUCUUAAUGUCAUUGUUUUUGUAGAGGAAACGAGACAUUGUGAAAGUCUGUAGCUGUUUAUUGUGAUGCAUUGUGCAAACACACUGUCUGGCUGUUUGUUUGAAACCCUGUUAAACCGCCUGGAUUUGAUAGAUUUAGCUGAGAAUUUAAACCAUAUUUGGAUGUCCGCACUGCAGCUCUAUAUGAGCACAUUUUACAUCAUGAUAUGAAUUGAUGAUAUGGAUAUGUGUCACUCCUGCUCCGAGUAGAAAAAGAUUCAGGUAUUACAUAAUAUAUAAAAGUAAGUCUUCUCGGCCACAUCUUUUAUUAAUGACACACACAGAUGCUGAGGUUCUUACAUUUCAGACUGCUCUCCGGUGAUUGGAAUAUCGUAGAUUUGUGCUCUUCACAGCUCUGAUGUGACAAAUGCUUUGCGUGCACCUCGGGGAGUUUCUUUGUCAGUGUGCCCUUCAGUCGCACUUUCUUUACACACACAGAUUUCAUAAUUCACUCUGUUCAGUGUAGCGUUAAAAACCAUCCACUAGAAUCUGCUUUCUUCAUCAAAUAAACACCAAGACAUGUCUAUCUGUAUGUAAUGUCCUGUAAUAUUCGCGGUCAUAUCUAGUUGUGUACUUCAGCAUGAGGAUGGUGUCAAUGUUAGGACUUUUUGAUGUGCUUGCUUUUCCUCCUGGACAGAGCAGAGCAAAGAAAUAAUCCAGGAUGAUUUAUUAAACUCUUCCAACUUUUAGUCUCUCAGACACUCAAAAGUUUAUGUUAUUUUAAAUCAAUGGCAAGUUUCUCCCAGCACACAUAAGUGAUAAGUAUUAAAGAGAGACCAGGGUUAGGAAAAAGACUAAAUCACCUCACGACACUUGGUUUAUUGCUCUGUCAUUUGAAAACAAUAAGGCAGUCAUGGACUGCCUUUGUUGUGGCAAUAACUGUAAAUACAAUUAUGACAGUAUUUGUAAAUAGCCUUAAAAAUAUUGUAUAUAGCGGCUCUGAAUAGCACUCUGGUUAAGAGGUUUGCAGCUAUCCAGGACCCAACGAAGGGCAUUAAUUUCACAGUUACAACUUACAGGAAAUUACUAUUUAUUGUCUUACUUACCUAUGUAUGCAUCUCUUUGCUCAAUUAACAACUACCCCUGUCAGCACAAGUCUUUUCAGAUACUAUGCACAACAGUUCUAGUCACUCACCUUAUUUUAUACUCGGCUUAUUUCCAGUGUAUCCACACGUGUGUCGGUGUGCUUUUGCAAGGAUUUGAAUUUGGACUUGCUUUUACAUCUUGAAUUAGUCUGUACCAUGCUACUCUUAAACAUUAUCCUCACUGACUAGAACCAAAAUUGGCUCAGGAUCAGUAUUACCAGGUGAAUCUCAAAUCUAAAUGCGCACUACCAGGCUAGUUCUCUGCAUGGCUAGCUGCUCUGUGAUCUUCACAGCUCUCAAUAAAGUUAAAUGAACUCUAAAA